AUGGCGGUGCCGCUGCGGCUAGGGGCUCUCCGCACCGCCGCCGCGCUGCUGCUGCUGCUGCUGCCGUUCCCGCCGCCCGCCGCCGCGCGGAGGCCGCCGCGCUGCGGUCCGCCCUGCAGCUGCUGGCGAGAGUCGGCGCUGUGCGUGGGGGCGGCGGGGGCCCCGCGCAGCCUGCCCGCCGGCCUGGGCUCCUUGAGCCUGGUGAACGGGACGUUCUCCGAAGUGAAGGACAGGAUGUUCUCCCACCUGCCCUCCCUGCAGCUGCUCUUGCUGAACUCCAACUCCUUCACUGUUAUACGAGAUGAUGCCUUUGCUGGUCUGUUCCAUCUAGAAUACCUAUUCAUUGAAGGAAAUAAAAUUGAAACCAUUUCAAGAAAUGCAUUUCGUGGCCUUCGAGACCUCACUCACCUUUCUUUGGCCAAUAACCAGCUCAAAGCUCUGCCAAGGGAUGUCUUCAGUGAUUUAGAUUCUUUAAUUGAACUAGAUUUAAGGGGAAAUAAAUUUGAGUGUGACUGCAAAGCCAAGUGGUUGUUUUUGUGGUUAAAGAUGACAAAUUCCACUGUUUCUGAUGUCCUGUGUAUUGGUCCAGCAGAAUAUCAGGAUAAGAAGUUAAAUGAUGUGACAAGUUUUGAUUAUGAAUGCACCACUACAGAUUUUGUUGUUCACCAGAUCUUGCCCUACCAGUCGGUUUCUGUGGAUACCUUCCACUCAAAGAAUGAUGUGUUCGUAGCCAUCGCACAGCCCAGCAUGGAGAACUGCAUGGUGCUGGAGUGGGAUCACAUUGAAAUGAAUUUCAGGAGUUAUGACAAUAUCACAGGUCAGUCCAUAGUGGGAUGUAAAGCCAUUCUUGUUGGUGAGCAAAUCUUUGUGGUGGUGGCACAGCUCUUUGGUGGCUCACACAUUUACAAGUACGAUGAAAGCUGGACCAAGUUUGUCAAAUUCCAGGAUAUCGAAGUGUCUCGCAUCUCUAAGCCAAAUGAUAUAGAGCUCUUUGAGAUAGACAGUGAGAUGUUCUUUGUCAUAGCAGAUAGCUCGAAAGCAGGCUUGUCAACAGUGUACAAGUGGAAUAACAAAGGAUUUUACUCCUACCAGUCCCUUCACGAGUGGUUCAGGGACACAGAUGCUGAGUUUCUCAAUAUAGAUGGGAAAUCACAUUUAAUUCUCUCUAGCCGUUCCCAAGUUCCCAUCAUACUCCAGUGGAACAAAGCUUCCAAAAAGUUUGUCCCCCACAGUGAAAUCCCCAACAUGGAAGAUGUCUUGGCUGUGAAGAGUUUCAGGAUGGAAGAUAACCUCUACCUCACACUCACGAGGUUCAUUGGAGACUCCAGAGUGAUGCAAUGGAACAGCAAACAGUUUGUGGAGAUACAGGCUCUGCCCUCCCGAGGAGCCAUGACCCUGCAGCCUUUCUCCUUCAAGAACAAUUACUACCUAGCCUUGGGAAGUGACUAUACCUUCUCCCAGAUUUACCAGUGGGAUGAUGAAAAGAAGAUCUUCAGGUUAUUUAAAGAGAUCUACGUCCAAGCCCCACGAUCUUUCACAGCCGUGUCAACCGACCGGCGAGAUUUUUUCUUUGCCUCUAGUUUUAAAGGGAACACUCAGAUCUUUGAACACAUCAUCAUCGACUUGAGUUUAUGA